AUGGAGGAGGCUAAGACUGAAAUGACUAAGUGUGGCAGGACAGAGAUGACGCGCGACGUGAUGAGCGAGUCGAGAAAACUCGUGUAUGUAACAGUGCUUAGUGACCAGCACAGUGACAUUUCUUCUGAAGAAGCAUGUGAACUGGAGUACGAGAACGUAUCGUCAGACGAAGAAGAGUUGGAAAAGAUGGUGACUGACCCUAACCCGGAUAAUCGCGACAUCCUAUCAGUGAGUUCGUCAUUGCUAGAGGAUAUUAUGCGCGAGGAGCCAGCAGUAAAUGUUGACGACUUUCUGUGCGGGGAUAGUGACUUUGACUUUCGGGGAGAGGACCACGAACAAUAUAUGGAAGAUGAAGAAUACGAGUCCGCGUUGCCGACAGAGGAUAGUGACAUGGACACUACUAACGAAACCGGAAGUACCUCUGAGACGACCGUGAUUUCGUUAACUCUGAUUAAGACCGAGACUGUGUAUCCGGACGGGACCUCAGAAGUCGUGCGUAACACAUCCAUCGCGCACUCCAGAAAUAUGGACCCAAUGAAUGUGAACUUUGCUGACAUUGCAAUGGAAAUUAUCACCGAAGUGCCAUAUCACUUUAACAAUCGUAACGUGCGUGUCGUGAACUCUACCUUGUGA